AUGGCCUUCACCUUCGCUGCCUUCUGCUACAUGCUGUCGCUGGUCCUCUGUGCCGCCCUCAUCUUCUUCGCCAUCUGGCAUAUAAUCGCCUUUGAUGAACUUCGAACAGACUUCAAAAGCCCAAUAGAUCAGUGCAACCCAGUCCACGCAAGAGAGCGGCUGAGAAAUAUUGAGCGUAUUUGCUUCCUCCUGCGAAAGCUGGUGUUGCCGGAGUACUCUAUCCAUAGUCUUUUCUGCAUAAUGUUUUUGUGCGCUCAAGAGUGGCUCACACUGGGGUUAAAUGUUCCUUUGCUUUUUUAUCACUUCUGGAGGUAUUUUCGUUGCCCAGCAGAUAGUUCAGAGCUAGCAUAUGAUCCACCUGCAGUCAUGAAUGCAGAUACCUUGAGUUACUGUCAAAAAGAGGCCUGGUGUAAGCUAGCUUUCUAUCUCCUUUCCUUCUUCUACUAUCUGUACUGCAUGAUCUACACUUUGGUGAGCUCUUAACUGAAAGAUCAUCAUUAAAGACUGAA